GUUGAAACGUUUUCUGUAGAGAUUCUUGUUCCUUUACGGCAACUCGGUUCUUCGUUGUUAUCAGCAUUGGACCGUCAAAAUGAGUGAUGAUAAUCAGCAAUCUGCUGCGGUGGUUGGAAAUCUCAGCAUGGACCUCAGCAAGCCAUGGUGGGAGGGAAAUGUGCAAGUGCCUGAAGUUUUGAGUCCAAACGAGUGGUUGGACUAUGGUUAUGGUGCAUGGGAAAUAGAGUCGAGUAAACAGGUGACAUCAACAGUCACUGAUGCAGAGGAUGCACCUGACAUGAAGUCUGGUUCAUCAUCCUUACCUGUUGCUGAACCCAGAGCUCUCUUGGGGGACUUCAAUGACGGUGAUGAAGCGGGUUUGCCCAGCCGGGCUUCCGUAGUACUGAGAGAUGAUCUCUUGCGAUGUGGGAAUGCUGAUGAUGCAAAGGGGGAAGGCCUCGGGGAAGAGGAGGGGGAGAACAAUGAGAAGCAAUCGUUGGAAAGCGAAUGGAGUACAGUAUGGUCCAGUGAUUCUGGAACUGUUGGGUCGAAGGCCGACCAAUUGGGGCGUCCAGAGUUUGAGGAGGCUGAUAGUGAGGAAUGUGAUGUGGUUGAGAACUCCCUUGGUGAAGUGGAAUCCUUUAGCCGAGGGAAUGUAUUUUCAGGAGACGAGGAAGCUUGGGAGAGGAGCGACCUUGUGGAGACAAGUCAGGAAAGGGAGCUGAGUGGGUUGCAUGAAGAGGCUGGUGUGCCACCUGAAACAGCAUAUCUCCCUCCUCCUUCGGGGAAGGAGCUGUGCGAUGAACCUGCAGGUUUGAUGUCAUCGGGCGCACAGGCUCCUGGACAGGUCCAGGAUCCUGGAAGCGAAGGGGUAGUUGUAGAUGAUGGCAGGGACAAUGCGAAUGCAUCCGUGAGGCAGGAGGGCGAUAACUCCGACAAGCUUUUAAGUCCCGGGCAAUUAGCAUGUGCAUCCUGGUCGGAUACUUCACCCAUUGUUCCAGGUGCUCGCAGAUGCAAGUCUCGCACAUCUGUGUACAUGUCGUGCCCGUACGUUGGCGAAGCAACGAGGAAAGAUCUGCCGUCUGAUCAACCCUGUGGGAAUCCAGAGGUCCCACCAAGUCAGAUGCGCAGGUUCAGCUAUCCGUUGCACUGUGCUGGGAAACUUCCACCACACUCACCCCCAUCCCCAGCCAUGAGACGUCACCUGGCAAGGUCAUCGCCUUCUCGGUUUGAAGUUCUUGGGCCAACUGUUGAACAGUGGAUGCAAGACUCGGUGUAUCGUAUCCUUGGGUUCGGCUCACCUGUGGGUGCAGAGCAGAGGAGUCGGGUGGAGAACGAAAUACAAGAAUUUAGGGACAACGUGGCCGGUCUAGAGAAAAAGGUUGCUGAACUGGAGCGAGAGCUAGCCGUGCUGAAGAAGGAGCUUCAGACUUCACGUGCGAAAUCUGCAAAGCAUAAGGAGGAGGCCUACAUCAAUGCAAUCGCACUGAAAAAACAGAUCCAUGAAUGUCAGAUGUAUGCGCGAGAUUACAAUAUUGCGCUGCAGACUGCAGAUGAUGCAGAAGACAGAGCCGCAGAUGCGGAGAGCAGAGCUGAGCAGAUGGAGGUGCAGUACAGGGAACAAAUGAAACGUCUCGAAGCCAUCUUGCAAGAGACCAGGGAAUUAUUGGAAGAGACACAGCGUGAACUCCACUGUCAGAGGGAAGAGAACACAAGGUUGCAAGAAGAGAUGCAACAAAGGACGGUGAUGACAAUGGAAGAGAAGGGCGAUCUGCAGGAGAGAGCCACCAGGUGCGGGCCACUGGCGAAAGGAGAUAGCCAGAAGGAGGCCGAGCUCCAGAAGCGGCUCGAAGAAGCCCUAGACGAGGUGGGGCGUCUGAAAAGGAAGCUGGCACAAGUUUGCGAAGAGGAGGUGGGAAAGGGGCAUGCUGAUGAGGUGGUUAUGGGCGCAUCCCCUGAGAAAGACACCUUGGGCUCUAAAGAAGUCGGAACACAACAGCGGGAGCUUGUCAAGGCAGACCUCGAAAAUUUCAAGGCUGCUGGCGAGCUGGAUGGAUUGUCUGAGCCGAGUAACAACAGCCGGCUUCUUUUUCUCAACCGGUCUGAGCCUGGGUCAGAGACAGAAGAUUACGAUGAUGCCAAAACGGUUGUUGAUGACGCCACAGUAUCCGGUUGUAUCUCUGAUGAAAGCUAUUCGAGGACUAAGGAUAGCCUGAGCUACGAGGGAGAAGAUGAUCCAGAUGAAGAGGAAGAGGUUGAUCUGAAGGAGUGCAUUAGGGCAUCUCAUGUGAGGAAGAGGUUGACAAUUGCAGCGAAGGAGAGCAUGAAAUUGGUGGAAGCUGUCAAGGCUGCAGUAUGUGUGGAGUACCGAAAGCGGAGGUUGCAUGAAAACCUGCAAGAGUUGGUGGGCCUUGAUGGGUUGUCUCCGGAGGGGGCGAAAAUGAGAGAGGAGCUCGAGAAUCAGGUCCGUGUUGCAAAUGAAGAGAGUGAGAAACUGAGACAGGUGUACCUGACACAGCUCUUGAUUGCAGAGAGGGAGAACAGGAAAGUUAAGGAGGAGAUAGAGAGGCGAGGGUUGAUGGAGGAGCUGGAGCAGAAGAAGCUUCAGGAAGAGUUACAGAAGCAGAUGUCUCUGGACGACUGGGAGAGGAUGCCUCUGAAAGAACAGUUGAGUGGGACUAGCGUGGGAGAAGUCUCAGAAGAUUGGAACUUGGAGGCACUGAAGCGGGAGAAUGCACACCUGAGGGAACAGAACUGGAUGCUCAGUUGUUCGCUGAGUAAACGGCUGAGCAGCUCCUCGGAUGAAGAGAGGAGUGUGGAGUUCCUCCUGGAAGAGACGAUUGGGGAUGGGGAUUUGUUGCCGCCCAGUGUGAUUCAUGAGGCUGUGUUGCAGAAAAUGAGAAGAGAGAAAGCAGAACUGGAAAGUAUGCUGCAAUCGGCUGCUGCGGAGAAGGAAAAACUUAGAAUGGAACUGGGGGCGAGUGUGGACCACGUGCGAGAGCAAAUAGAGAGGGGUGAAAAAAUGGAGAGGCUGAUCAGGUGUCUUUACGAGGAGAAUUCAAAUCUGAAAGUCCACUUCGAUGGGCUGGACGAGGAGGCAAGAAGUUUGCGGGAAAUGGUUGGCCGGCAGGCACGGCUUCUGGACGAGGAGAGACAGAAAGUGGAGAUGCUAACCGAGGAGAGAAGGAAUGAUAAGCACCAGCUGGAGCAAGCUAUCAAUGUUCUGGCCCGGCAUGUAGAGGAAGUAAACCACGUGGUUGGAGAGAAGGAUGCUGCAGUCAACUGGGAGCGGAGAAUGAACACUACACUCAGCUCUCGCAAUCACGGUCAGUUGCAGGAACUGUACAAGUGGAGGAACUGCCUUCGUGUGGCCAUUGAAGGGCUCCGGAAGACGUGGAAGUCCCGCGCGUGUGAGGCACACCUGUUUCAAAUAGAGAAAUCGAUCCUAGAAAAGCCAGGUGACCAUGGGUCUGAUAGCCAGCAGGAAAUGCCACCUUCUGUGGAAGUCCACCAUAGGCCAGCCCAACCGCUUGCAAAGAAUGAGAGGCCAUUGUCACCUGUAGCAGCACAGACUCAGAUUGUGCUGAUGGAGAAAGAGAGACUGUAUUGGAAAAAUGAGUUCGAGUCAUUGAGAGCCAUGCUGCUGCAAGAAGAAGAUCAGUUUUGGAAGAGAACGUCUGCUCUGGAGGAGGAGCUUGCUGUCGUCCAGGCCCAGUAUGGCGAUAAUAACAUGAAACUGAAGACCUGGUCAAAGCUAGCCGCUCUGGUCAAGGAGAAGGAAGCUCUGCUGACGACAGAGACAUGGAGUCAUGACGAUACUCUGGGCAGAGGCAGCGCCCUGUUCCGCCGGGAGCACUUGCAGGUAGAGAUUAGUUUGCUUAAGGAGGUCCUUGAAGAGAGGCAGCUGCUGAACAAAGAGGUCUCAAUGCUGUUGGAUAAGCUUCGGGAGUUUAGAAGCAUGUGCCAUCCUCGAGACGGGGAUGCACUAACUGGUGAAAGGGGUCCUAAGGCACUCUCAGCACUCUCUCCUCCUGGGCAGCAGGUCAAGUGUUUGAGUCCUGAUUCUGGGAAAGAAUCCACCAUCUUGCACAUUAGAGCCAAGUGGAGACAGGAGAUGAAACGGCUAGCAGAGAAGCUGGAGGAUGCACAUGCAGAGAUUGCUCGGAGGGAGAAGGAGCAACAACAGAAGGACAUCGACUACAGCGACAUGCGCGAGUUCAUGAGUAUAGAGCUCAGAGUGCUAUCGGAGAGGAUUGAGGAACUUGAGCAGAUGAACAAGGCACUGGGUGCCGAGAUAGCCAGGUUGAGACUGCAGCAGCAAUCGGAGGAGGUGGGCGUGGUGGAGGGCAAAAGCGCAGUGUGGAUGGAAGACGUGGGUGACCUGAAGGCUAACGAGCCUGAGCUCAGUGCCAGCCUGGAUCUCCCUGACAUCGCUGUUGAACAUGCAACCACUGAACCUGCUAUUGCUGCUGGAGAUAUCAGCCUUUCGGAGUGGGUCUGCGGAACACAGGCUAGCGGUGAUUACGUUGGCGGCAAUUGUGUUCAAAGGGGUCCGGGUGGGACAGAGAGGGGUCUUCGGAAAUGUAUAUUGGUUGCGAAGGAGGAGUGUGAUGUGAGAGGUUGUGUUCUGCGGGCUGUCUAUUCUGGUGCCCUACGAGCGGUGGAAGAAGAAGCGCAAGAGCAAAGGGCUCAGAUUCAUCAACUGCCCUGUACAGGCACGCAGAGUAGUGUAGGGGAUAACAGUCCUACUGUACAGACAGGGGCAGAUAGUGUCCGCAGUCCUGGGACCAUGGAUGGAGAAGUGCAGCCUACCGCACAAGGGGCAGAGGAGAACGAACGUCUUCGGAAAUGUAUAUUGGCUGCGAAAGAGGAGUGCGAUGUGAGAGGUUGUGUUCUGCGGGCUGUCUAUUCUGGUGCCCUGAGAGCAGUGGAAGAACAAGCGCAAGAGCAAAGGGCCCGGAUGCAGCGGAUGCCCUUGACAGGCAUGCAGAGUAGUGUAGGGGAUCACAAUCCAACUGGGCAGGCAUGGCCAGAUAGUGUCCUCAGUGAUGGGACUAUGGAUGCCGAACUGCAGCCUGUCGCACAAGGCGCAGAAGAGAACCAAGGGAUGCGGGUGGAGGGCAACUGCACCACAACUGAGGACUCUCCUUCCAAGGAGGAGGUUGUGAAUUGCACAUCAGUUUCAGCAGAAGCGACAGUGAAAGACCUCAGAGCACAAAAUGAACAACUGGAACAGGAUGUCAUCCACAUGAGGACUGUGGUACAGGAGCGGCAAAACCAGGUGGAAGUCCAGGAGCAGGAGAAUGAGAGACUCCAUGUGGAGCUUAAAAGGAAGGAGCAAGAAUGCAACGACCUAAGGACUGUGAUACGGGAUUGCGAAAAACAGGUGGCCGAGGAGGAGCACGAGAAAGAGAGACUCCAUGAGGAGCUGAAAAGGAAGGAGGGAGAAUACGACGCGCUGUGGACCGUGAUAUGGGAUCGGGAAAAGCAGGCGGAAGUGCAAGAGCAGGAGAAGGAGAGACUCCGUGCGGAGCUUGAAAGGAAGGAGGGAGAAUGCAACGAGCAUAUGAACACACUGAAGCAGAUGGAGACGGAGAGGGCAGCACUCAGUGAAGAAAGGGAAGCAGAACAAAGAGAGGAAGAUCCGGAAUCUGUUGCUGCUGGGCAAGGGGUAAGCAGAAGGAGGCCGUCUGAUAGAGAAGAAGCUGGAUGCCCGACAGGGGAAGAUCAAGAGCGAAUGGUGAAGGGGGAGGGAAAAUGUGAGGGGGUUGGUGUGCUUUGCAAGGAGGAUGUUGCUGAGGUGACUAUGCGAUUUGUCCAGGCGGACUUGCUCAGACGACAGGAAUUAUUGACCCAGGAGCUUCCACUGGCUGCGAUGGAGGCAGAACAGAACGACUACAUAAAUGCGACACGAAUGAGGCUGGCUUGUCUCGGGCCACUUGCCUCAGAGAAGGGUUUGCUUGCAGACAGGGGAGCAACGGCAAUGCUGGAAGAAGAUGGUCUAGAGACAGAAGAAUGGACCUCCUACAGGAGGAGUUCGAGUCCUCGGGACGAACAUAAUCUUGGAGAGGAGAAAAUCGCAGAGCUUGAAAAUCAGCUUGCACGAGUCCAAGUAAGAGGAGAGGAGCAAGUGGCGGCCAUGACACUGGAGCUGGCUGGCCUUGAGAAGGAGUUGUUGGCACUGAGAAGAGAUUUGGAGGUAAGAGAUGACAGAAUUAACGACUUAGAGCAAGAGCUCAAUCGGUGGAGAUGCCAUGAUGACGAGGUAAUGGCAGCGCAAGACGUGCAGCGAAAGCUGAGGGAAAGGGAACAUCUGCUGAGCGAGUUGGCGGAGCGGGAUGCGAAGAGCGCCGGGCUUGAGCAAGAGCUUUUGACGACCCGGAACCAUCUCACACAGCUUGAGAAGGAGCUGAAGUCAAUGGCGAGCAUGGAAGAUGCUCAUCGAAAGGAGCUUGAAGCCCUGUCUGUCAUGCAUGAGAGGGAGUUGCGUAAAGCCUGGGAUAAGAUGAAGCAGAAGGACAACUUGAUAGCGGAAAAAGAGAAGGUCAUCGCGUUGCUUGCGACAGAUACAGGCGAUGGCAGGCGGAGAGUUCUGGGUGAGGCGGCAGGAGCACCAGUUGGACGCGUGAAGCUGGAUGCUGGAUCUUGGUGCAUCGAAGACACUGAGAAUUGGGAGAAGAACGAAAGUCAGGUACUCUCUGAUACUGCCGAUUUGCAGGGAGAGAGGAGAGGGUGCAGGAAAGAGUCGACUGCGGCCGAGGUAAAUGAGGGCGGGACAAAGACGAGUUCUCUGGACAAAGAGAAGCGCUUGCGACUGAAAAUGGAGGAGCUGAGUAGGAGAGUGAGGAGUAUGCAAGGAGCGCUAUGGGCAGAAGAGCGAUCGAAGGUCGCUGAAUGUGCCCGUCUGAAGGACGAGUGUCGUCUGAAAAUUGAGAGGAGAGAGAAGGAGAUGAGGGCACUGUACACUAAGUGCCAAGCUGUGCUGAUGGAGCUUGAAGGGAAGGAAAAGCGGAACAAAAUACUCUCCGAUAAUCUGAGCAAAUCGGAGAGGGAGGUGGCGGUUCUCGGUGAUGAGAAUGAUCGACUGGCAGAUGUGCUAGACAAGGUAGACCAGGCAUUCGACUGCUAUGCGGAGUACCUAAUGCAGUUGCCAGGUAUGAAGAUGCUUUCAAGGAUUGUGAAGACAGCUGUAUUUGAGGACGCUGAAGACGGAGAAGCGGAGGAGCGUCGAAGUGAGGAGAAGGUGGGAGUGCCUGCAAGUGGUAGCAGCAUUCUGUUGGCAGUUGACAGCGCCUCGCAGUUGGCAGGCUGAAUAGGUGUGUCGUCUUCUUCAUGAUGGGAGCAUGUAUUUUGCCUCUGAGGGACGUUUGCCCAGUGGUGGUCCUUUCUGGAUGGAAGAACACAGUAUAAAAGUGCAUCGUUAUA